GAUAACAACCCGAACCCGAUGCGCUUACCUCGGCUCUUGGCCCUCUUCUUCGCUCUCCUCGGUCUCCUGGCUUCGAACUCGACCGUUCGGCGAAAUGGGCAGCGAGGCGAAGUCCAGAAAGCGGCGAUCAUCUCCUUCUGCUUCUCCCUCUGAAGAUGAAGAGAAGAGGAGCAGAAAGCACCGGAAGAGAGAUGACAAAGAAAGGCAGAGCCGGAAAGACGGAAGUAAAGAGAAGAAGAAGAAGAGCGAGAAAUCUCACAAGCAUUCGAGAAGUCGAGAAGGGAAAGAAAAGAAGUCAAAGGAGAAGCACAAACACAGCAGGAAGGAUAUGGAUUCAGUCGAAGAGCUAUCAAAGGAUGACUACUACUCCAAGAACAAUGAGUUUUCAACCUGGUUGAAGGAAGAGAGAAGUAUAUAUUUCUCUGAGCUUUCAUCUGAGGCUGCACGAGAUCUAUUCUCAAGUUUUGUCAAGGAUUGGAACAACCAAAAGCUGCAUUCUCGGUACUAUGAGGGCAUUACUAGUGGACCUCGGACAGCACAUAACUGGAAGAUCAAGCACGUUAAAUAGGCCUGGAUACCACAGGCAGCAGGGAUGCUACUGAAGCUUCACCAUGCAUUGGAUACUUCUGUUAGUAACAGCAUAGCUAGCUUGUUUUAUUUAUUUUUCUUUUCUCAGUGCAUGGAUAUGUCCUGUAUUCUACAUUAAAUCAAAUUUCAAUCUGAGACAAAGUAUGGAGAUGUCCUGGACAUAUACUGAUCCUUAGGGAAUAAAAUGUAUCUUUUCUUUCUCAAAUCCAUGAAACUAAUAUGUUAUGCAUAUUUCA